UCUCCAGAACUGUCUACACAGUUGUGCCGGUAGGAUGCUAUCCACACAACACAAAUAACAUGACCUAUCCUGAUACCAGACUUUUUGAAUGGAAUGGAAAGCAAAUGGGUGGAAGCAAAAGAGCCAUCUGGAUAUACCUUGCAGGGACGCUACUAUAAGGACACCAAGGAGUGCAGAAAAGCCAUCUCCUUAAUGCUUCACUGAUGGGAUGAGAUCCUCCAGACCCUACCAAGAGAUGUCAAGCUGUUGGUUGUGAAACUUCAGCUCCUAGGAGGAUCCUCAAGAAUUUCAACAUAUCUGCAUGUCUCAAGAGUUUUAGAAAAGUAACGUCUGAUGACCCAUUUUUAUAAAAAAGAGAACCAGAGAACUGCUCCUUCAUUAUUUUUUUUUUUAAAUGAGAACAGAUUUUUUUGCUAGAAGUUUUCAAACUGAUACAUCCUUCUUCACACAGGAAGAGAUGUUUUUGACCUUCAUCUUGUGACAGACAAGUCAUUUUAGCAUUACUCCUGUGGUAAUAAUACAAGAUAUCACCUGCACCAUAAGAUACACAACCAAUACACCAUGGGAAAUGAAACCACAGACUUCACUGACUGGCCACUGACAACAGAAUUUGACUAUAGUGAUUCAACACCUUGCCCUGCAACUGAGGAAAAGCACUUUGCAGCAAAAUUUUUGCCACCUCUUUAUUCUUUAGUGGUGAUAUUUGGCCUGACAGGCAACAUGCUUGUUGUCCUUAUCCUGGUAAAAUACAAGAGGCUGAAGAGUAUGACUGACAUCUACCUGCUCAACUUGGCAGUUUCUGAUCUGCUGUUUGUAUUUUCGCUCCCUUUUUGGGCUUAUUACGCAGUUCACGACUGGAUUUUUGGGGAGGCGCUGUGUCGAAUUCUGUCAGGUGUCUACCUCCUUGGCUUUUACAGUGGCAUCUUUUUCAUAAUCCUGCUGACCCUGGACAGGUACCUGGCCAUAGUGCAUGCGGUGUUUGCUUUGAAAGCCAGGACAGUCACCUACGGCAUCCUCGCCAGCGUUGUCACUUGGGCUGUUGCUACUCUUAUUUCUGUCCCUGGGGUAGUAUUUCACAAAACUCAGAAGGAAAGUUCANAACAGGCAUGA